GUACAUGCAAAACCAGCAAGUUUGUUGUUAAGGAAGACAGAGCUUAAAAAACAAAAAAAAGACAGAGCUUAAAAAACAGAGCAAACCCUCUUUUAUUUUCAAUUUUAUUUUUGCGUCAAUUACACUUCAAGUUCUUUGCUUUUGACUGUGCUUACCUUUACUUUUCAUCCCUUAAUCCUUCUUUGGGCUGGAGAAAAAAACAAAACCCAUUUGCAAAUCACACCCCCUUGCUAAAUUAAUUGAUUUUCAAAACCAAAUUACAACCGCUAGUUAUAUGAAAAGUCACUGACAUGAUGAGAAAUGGGUUUUUGCAGAAAAGCUUCUUGCUUUCUUCAUUUUCGCUGAAUGCAUAGAUCUGUCCUCUUAUAAACCCUCAUUUUUGGCGAUAAAACCAGCUUUUGGCUAACUGGGUUGCCUAAUUUUCUUCAAGUAUUCUUACCCAUCAACGAAAGAAUAGAUUUUUGGUUGGCAAUUUGAGGUAUUUAUUGCUCCUGUAGAAAGAGCAACUAAUAAGUCUCUGUCAGGAAGCUUCUUUCUUGGUUUCUUUCAGUCUCUUCACAAGUUCAUGGAUCUAUGAUUUUUCUUGCUGAGAAAUGAAACUUCUUUUGUGAGGUGAGUUUAAACUUUUAUUACAAGUUGAGCAAAAAUCAGAGCUUUGUAAAAGCUGCAGCUAGGUGGGUGUUGUUUGGUAGAAGCAGGCAGAGAUGAUUCAGCUGUUGUUCUUAGUUCUUUUUGCUGAGGGUGUUGUGGCGUUUCUUCUAUUGGUAAAGAUUGGGCCAUUGAGGGAGCUUGUGAUAAAGAGCCUGGAUCAGCUCAAAAUGGGUAAGGGUCCAGCUACUGUGAAAACCAUUGCUUGCACCAUGUCUGUGAUUCUCCUGUCAAGCUUUAUUAGCAUUGUUAAGAUCCAGAACAAAGGUGUAAAGCUUGGAACUAUGUCACCUAUGGAUCAGGUUCUGUGGAGAACCCACUUGCUUGAGGCUUCAUUAAUGGGUUUUACCCUGUUUCUUGGCUUCAUAAUCGAUCGGAUGCACCAUUAUUUAAGUAAACUUAUUGGACUGAGGAGUAACGUGGGAGCUUCAAAAGAAGAAGUCGACAGACUUCAGAAAGAGACGAUGCAGCUUAAAGAAAAGGAAGAUAAAUCUUCCCAAGAAAUCAAGCAGCUGCAAGAAAAAAUUUCGACUCUAUCAGAGGAUUUGAAGAAGCUGAAAUUGGAGUGCAAGGAGAAAGAUAAAAACAUUGAAACUGCUGAAGCCCAUGUUGCUGCCCUCCAGAAACAGGCUGCAGAUCUACUUCUUGAAUAUGACCGUUUGUUAGAAGACAACCAAAAUCUUCAGACUCAGUCUGUAGGUUACAGGAGCUGAGUAAAUUUUGAAAGACAGCCGCAGUUCAAACUUCGAGACUUAUUUUGCUUACUGGUGAUGUUCUUGUCUAACAUCUCAUGCCAGAAAUGGACGUUGUUUGGUCCUUCAUGAGGGAAAGAUGGCAGAGUAUCUUAUUUUUCCCAGUUUUGUUGAAAAUUUUGUAAUUCUCAUGAAAUUAGAUUUUUCACUUUGUCCAUCUUUGCUUUAUUCUAAGGCUGAUAUAAACUUUCUUUCCCUUCGGUUUUCAA